UCCCGGAAGAUAAAUCUGUUGCACCGCUAGUAGUGAAGUUCGUUGUCUGUUUUCGUGCGUUGAAUUUCUGGCUGGGAGACAUCAUGGAUGAAGAACCAGAGAGAGCCAAGCGCUGGGAAGGGGGCUAUGAGAGGACAUGGGAGGUGCUGAAGGAGGAUGAGUCUGGCUCACUCAAAGCUACAGUGGAAGAGAUCCUGUUCCAAUCCAAAAGGAAAAGGGUGAUAGAGAGCCAUGAACAAGUGCGGCUUGGAAUGAUGCGUCACCUCUUUGUGGUGAUUGACUGUUCCAGAAGCAUGGAAGACCAGGACUUGAAACCAAACCGCCUCACCUCGACGCUAAAGCUGAUGGAAGCUUUUGUUGAUGAGUAUUUUGACCAGAACCCCAUCAGUCAGGUGGGCAUCAUCACCACAAAGAAUAAAAGGGCUGAGAAGCUGACUGACCUGACAGGAAAUCCAAAGAAACACAUUACUGCUCUGAAGAAAGCAGUAGACACCGUGUGUGUAGGAGAGCCAUCCCUGUACAACUCUCUCAACCUGGCCAUACAGUCCCUCAAGCACAUGCCUGGACAUACGAGUCGGGAGAUCCUGAUAAUCCUCAGUAGCCUCACCACAUGUGACCCAGCCAACAUCUAUGAGCUGAUCAAGACCCUCACAUCUCUGAAGGUGCGCGUGUCAGUCAUUGGCCUGUCAGCAGAGGUCCGGGUGUGUACGGUGUUGACCAGGGAGACGGGCGGCUUGUACCACGUUAUCCUGGACGAGAGUCACUUCAAAGAGCUUCUGAUGAUGCACGUCAAACCUCCUCCAGCCAGCUCCUCGUCUGAAUGCUCUUUAAUACGCAUGGGUUUUCCUCAACACACUGUUGCUGCUCUGACUGACCAAGAUGCCAAGCCUUCAUUCAGCAUGUCUCAUCUGGACAGCAGCAGUGGUCCAGGUCUGUCUCUGGGAGGAUACUUCUGUCCGCAGUGCCACGCCAAGUACACAGAACUUCCUGUGGAGUGCAAAGUCUGCGGUUUGACUCUGGUGUCGGCCCCCCAUCUUGCCAGAUCCUUCCACCACCUCUUCCCCCUCCCUGCUUUUACAGAGAGUCCUGUGGAGGAGCUCCAAGGAGACAGGUGCUGCCAGGCCUGUCAAGGGGAACUAAAGGAUAAAAGUAUAUUCACCUGUACAUCAUGCCACAGUGUGUUCUGUGUGGAGUGUGAUCUCUUCAUUCAUGAUUCGCUCCACUGCUGCCCCUGCUGUAUUCACAGUCAGACUGCACCCUGAAGGUGAGAGGCCAACCGUCAGACAGAGACUCAAACAAACUCAGAUGGGUGUCAAAUGAAAAGAAAGGCCAGAAAAAAAUGAGUGGAGAAGCAGGACGUCAAUGCCCCCGUUGACAGGACACGAGGGAUCACUGAUGGUUUGAUAGCAUGAAAAUGAUGUGAAUCAUAUGCUGUGACCUUCAGACACCAGAUCUCAGUCCAGUAUAUCACCUAUGGGAGAUUUUGGGCUGAUGUGUCAGACUGCAGUCAUAUUUCAAAGAUGUUAAAGAUCGGCACAGAAUAUUGGAUGAUCGUGAAGGUGGAGGCAGCUGCGCUCUUCCUAAAGAUGGUGCUGAGUUGGUUCAAAGCUCCUGUCUGCUCUGACAACUUCAUCUGAGAUGCUUUAUGUCAGAAAUAUUUUUGUGCAUUGUUUAUAGAUUUGUACUACAGUUCUGAA